AUGAUUCAAAACAAAGCUCUCUCCGUGCCCCUGGCGCCCAUUUACAGCACCUGCAGCUUGCGAUUGGCGGGCGCGGCGGCCGCAGACAUGACCAGGUUAGCAGGUGCAAGUGUCAUGUCUCAGAGCGGCCCUGCAACCCCGACCGGGACCACACUUUGGUUUUUGCGGGUGCAGAAUGUCGCAGUCGAGCUUGUUCUGGCAGCAGAUGCUGAUUCGAUUUCUUUCUGUGUCUCGAGCUCGGCCUUCGUGGACCGUGCCCUCCGUGCCCAGAAGCGCUUGCGCAAGCUUCGGGAUGCGGUAGGUCGCGGCGAAGAGCCCUUGCCCUGCACCUGGGAGCCAGCAGAAAAGGCCAUGCCUGUUUCUACGGUGAUGUUAGUGCAGCUUGAUCUGGGCUGUGCUCGCGAGCUCGCAUCCAUGGCAGAUGACAAACGCCUAUGUGGUCCCGCAGGACUGCUUGAAGACUUGAAGGCCCGAGGAAUCUGUGCAGCGUGUGUUGCCCACAUAGCAUAUUAA